UUUUUUAGUUCAACAUGUUUUCUCUAGUAAAGUUUGACAAUGACGGUGACUUCUAUGUUGUCAAAACAAAAGACGUGAAGCAUCACAAUUCCGACAAUUGUAUUGUAAAGUAUAAAGGCUGUUCGUACUCCGCAAUUUUCAUUAAAGCUGACGAUAAUAAAGAAAAUCUUGAAGAGAAGAAACAAGGUGAGAAUUUAAUGGGGACAAUAAACGCGGAGAAUCAAGAAACACAAAUAGCAUCAAGAAUUCCUGCAAGCCGUGGUCGUGCUUAUCAAAAUAUUUCACCGUCGACAAUGUUAUACAUGAAAGAGUAUAUAAAAAAUCUACCUCCACUAGGAUCAAACAGAUCAGAUAAAGAGCCUAUGUCUUCAGUCACUAUACAUGGUGAAAAUAACGCAUCGGAUUCGGAAGAGAAUAAUACGACAGAUUUUUCAUCUUUUGAAACUAUAUCAAGAGGACAAUUUGAUUUAUCAAGAUUAUUUAAAUUCUCCUUGAUCACAUAUGACGAUUCAGAAUUUUGUGUCGUAAAUUCCAAAUCUAUAACACAAAUCCAAGGAGGUACGUGUGUGGUGAAAUGUAAAGGCGGAAAAUAUGCAGCUAAAUUAAUUUCGACUAGCGAUACUUCUUGCGGAAAAACAAAAAAAUGCCGGUGGACAAUCGAUGAGCAAGAAGCUUUGACUGCUGAAUUUGGGGAUAUUUCUUCAAUGGAAAAGUUGCCAUCUCUCAAGGAGUGCAUGAGGGUCGUGUCUGAAAAUUAAGUGGUAUGCUGCAGAA